CCUCUUCCGAGCUGCCGGCCGUCAGACGUCGCCAAUGCCAGCGACGUGUAAACGCACGCGGAAGUGAACCCCUCCGUCUUGACGAUCACUCGAGCGGCCACAACAACAUCACAAACAGCGGCAAUUAAUGCCGGUAACGCGGAUAUACGUACAACUCGUACUGCUGUCGUCGCGACGGCAAUCUUCGGCGAGUAACACCGACAACUUAUUACCAAAUGUUGUGUUGGGCUUAAAUGUAAUGCGACCGUGUGCCGCCGCUGCUGCUGCUGACGAAUCUGUCGACAUUGGCGUCCUAACAGCACAAUUAUAACCUGCAAUAUAUUAUCAUCUAAUGUUUAAUCUGAAAGCGUAGUGGACUUACGCAGCGUCAACACAGAUAUUUAUAAACACAGGAUACACAUUAAACCACUCGCCGCGGCGUGCACUCGCUGCUGCUCGAGUGAUUUCCCCGUGGGGCUAGAGCUGCUGCUGGUGGUGGUACUGGACGUCUGUGAACAAAGCGCUUCAUAGCUCAUCGGAUUCCUCCAGUAGACUUACAGCUUCUGUAAGGAUCGACACACUCGAGGUGGUCGUUGUGGGUUCGUGGCUUCGAGGUUGUUUCGCUGCUGGUGAGGGGUGGGGGGGGGGGCGAGGAGCCGGGAUGUCUCUGGGGGUGUUUUUCGGCUGCACGUUCAUCGCCUUCGGGCCGGCCUUGGCGCUCUUCGUGCUGACCGUGGCCGCCGACCCGGUCCGGGUCAUCAUCCUCAUCGCCGGGUCUUUCUUUUGGCUGGUGUCGCUGCUGGUGUCCUCUCUGGUGUGGUUCGUGGUCUCCGUGGUGACAGACCGCACCAAUGUUCAGCUGCAGCAGGAGCUGCUCACGCUCGGGGUCUUCCUCUCCGUGUGCCUCCAGGAGCUCUCGCGCUUUGGCUACUACUGCCUGCUCAGCCGUGCCGAGCGAGGAUUGGCGUCGAUUAGCAUGGAUGGGCAGCCUCCUAUCACCACCCACCAGAUGGCCUACGCCGCUGGGCUGGGCUAUGGCCUCGUGAGCGGGGCCUUCUCGGUGGUGAACACGCUGGCGCAGGCCGCGGGGCCCGGCACGGUCGGCAUCCACGGUGACUCGCAGUACUACUUCCUGUCGUCCGCCUUCAUGACUAUGGCGCUGGUGCUGCUCCACACCUUCUGGGGACUUAUCUUCUUCCACGGCUGCGAGAAGCGGCGCUGGGUGGCGGUGUCGCUUGUCGUGGGCUCUCACUUCCUCGUCUCUGGGCUGACCCUGCUGAGCCCGCUGAUGACGUGCGGCCUGCCCGUGGCCUACACCGUCCUGCUGGUCAUGGCCGUGUGGGCGUUCUACGCGAGCGGAGGGUCCCUCCACAGCCUCAAGCGUUGUCUCACCUGCAAGCAGCAGUGGGAGCGGGUGCCCUUGCUGUAUGGCGACCCGCAGGACGACAGGGUCGACUAGCAGCGGCGCUGCUGCUGCUGCUGCGGCGUCUCCGUCGAGGGAACCCGUACCGGGAAAUUCCUUUUUGGAGCGCUUUGUACCACAAUGCACCUGCAUAUUCAUGCGUGGGUGUGUGUGGAUGUGUGUAAUUCUCAGACUAAUGCCCAUUUGUAGGCCGGUGCCAUGCACACCUUGUGCCGCACAGGGACAGCUGCCAAUGGGGGGGCCCAUACUGCAAAAGGGCAUUGGACUGGUCGGAAUGAGAUGCGUGAUUGCUAAGGCCCUUACAGAUUCUAUCUUGGCUGUACGUGCAAAUGCUCUGUGGGAAGUCAAUAGUAGCUGUUCAAAGAUAACCACUCUGAAAAUAUCUUGUUGGAACACAAACGCACUUUGACUUUUAUGAUAGCUGCUUUGAAGUGAGAUUCAGCUCCAGUAAAAUUAUGCUAAUUCUGUGGUAGAGUCUGCGCCGACAUUUCUGAGAUAUCAUGAGUCUGAAUCCAGGAGUCUACCACCAUGGGAUUAGCUGAAGUUAUCAAGUGUAGAUAAUUGAUGGGCUAAUCCCGAUUACCAUUGGCUUGCUAAAAAUAUGACGUGUUGAAUAGUUUUUCACUUAAAUUGUCAUAUUCCAACCCUGAAAAUGUAAAGUAUUGGUUUACUUGUCAUGCCAGGAACACUUUUUGCAGGUCAUAUAAAAGGUGUGCUUGUCAUGAUUAAUGAGUCUCGAAGUGCUUUCAGAAGUACAUUUUGUACAUCAUCUUCUGGGACUGUUCUCUGACACUGUCUGGUGCACUGCUCGCUGAAAACCGUCCGAAUGUGAAUGUCUUCUUCCUGUGACAUGACACUAAAACAUAAUUGGGUAACCAAAGGCAGAAUAGAACAGCACAACUCCAAAGCUCUCUCUCCAUAGGCGAGUGGGAAGGUGGCUCUUACUUUGUGUCCUCACCCUGUCAGGCUUGGGCCCAUGAGACUGAGCUCAAGGUCAGGAGCCCCAUGGUGACAUGUGAUCUGCCCACCUGAGCACUAUCCAGGCUCGCCCCUACUUGGCUUUCUGCAAUCUGACUAGAUUAGCCGCAUUCCGAGUGAUUUUGAUCACAGGCGCAGGUUAUGUUCGGCUAUUUACAAUUAAGUAUCUUACCGUUUUUACCAGGUAUUUGUAUGUAUGUUGAACUUAUUUCACACCGUACGGAGUCAACCGUGCUCAUCUCAUUUCCAGGUGGAUUUUUAACACAAACACCGCCGCCUGAAAUUUAAACUUGGCAAGUGACGUCACGGCACACAUUUGAUUUCUGUCUUCGCCAACGUUGCGCACAACAGAGUGGAGGCGUGUGUAGGGGACACGGUGACACCGAGUUGAACUGACUGAGGUCACACGCGACGAACGCGUCAGUAGCACCACCCCUGACCGUACGUGGCUCCGAGCCGGAUCCAGAUGUCUUGCGAGUCCAGCGUAUCGUGGUUUGGUUCCGGCAAAUAAGAGGAAAGCCAACUGGACCGUUAGGACCCCUGCGCUGGCUUGAUUCGGCUCGGAUGUACCGGUGGGAAAGGGGUUGAAGGCGGCCACGAGUUGAAUUGCCGCUCGGUAAGUAAAGAAAACCACUCUGGGUGCAAGUCCCAAAGCACAGGCGGAAUGUUUUGCAUUACGGGACCACAGUGCCUAUGUACUUGUUGCAACAGUUCAGUUGCGCCAGAAACAACGUGUGUUCUUGUCAUGGCCGUGAGGGUACGCAUGGCAGAUGGAUCGGUGCCAGCACGACGAUGGCAUUCAAAUGAAGUGCGCGGAGCUCUUGAACGAUUGUUUUAAACGAGACGAUGACCACGAUGAUCAUGAUGAUGUGCGGUAUAGUGGGUGUCGGGUUGGUAUAUUUUUUGAGCAAACCUUUUUAAGAAACGUGCGGCAGUGUUUUGAGUUAUAGAGACGCGGUCGUGGAUUUAAUGUCCUGUUAAAACCAGAACACUGAAGACGUGACUUUUGUAGAAGAGAUGUUUUUUUAUGGGACAAAGUUUGGACGAAUGUUUGCCUUUUCUGCUACAAGUUCAAGUUGAUUUUACCUAACCGAGUGAGAACUUUAAAGAGACCAGAAUAGUCUCAUGUGCAAGAGUGACCUGGGGCAUGUCUAGCAGUAGGGGUGAUGAUUGUUACGUAUAAUCCAGAUUGAGUAAUUUGUGGUGUCAUUUUUGAACUUUUUUUUAACGCGAGGCGGACGGCACAUAGUAUUAUAUUACAACUUCUGUGAUUGGGGGGUGUUCUAGUACAUUGUAGUGCAAUUGUGCAUAUUCAUACAAUUUGUGAAGAAGACCAAAUGACUUAGAAUAUAUGGUUUUCCACAAACUGAAAUAUAGGGUGAUUUGUUGAAUUGGUAGUAAUUCCAUACUUUUGUGUGUAAAAGUGGUGUAUAUAAUGCACUAGGCAUUGCAUUUGGCCAUGGCAAUGCAAUGGAUUACAGGUAUACACUAACACAAGUGAUUUGUUAUUGAUUUAUUAACCAAAGUAUAAUUGAAUUACAGUAUCAUUUAAUUAUAAGACAACGGGGUGAUGUUUCAUUGCCAUAUUUUUGUUGUAUACAGGACGCAUACACAAGAUGUGUUGGUAAAUAAACUGAUGGCUCACUUGAUGUGUUCCGUGGCACUUCUUA